AGCUAGGGUUUCUUAAACCCAACUAAACAAUGGCUGACAGCAGAGACUCUACUUCCUCUACAAACAUCACCGACGAUUCAGAGGUUAUGUCUGGUGGGAGUACGAAUGAUAACACAGUUUUUCCACUCUCAUUGGAAAAACUAAACGGAAAAAAUUUCCGUGAAUGGGCUCAGUCCAUGAAACUGGUGAUUGAGAGAAAAGGAAAGCUUGGAUACCUUACCGGUGAGCGAAGGAAACCAGAUCCUUCUGACGCCAUAGUCUUGCAAAGAUGGAGGUCCGAAAAUUCCAUGGUCACGACUUGGCUCGUCAAUUCAAUGCAACCAUCAAUCGGAAAAAUUUAUUUAUUUUUGCCGACGGCGAAGGAGGUCUGGGAAGCCGUACAUGAGACGUACUCUGAUGGCAAAAGUUAUUCUCAAAUCUUCGACCUCAAGACCCGAUUGUGGCAGAUGAGGCAAGGCGAGAGAGGGGUUACCGAGUAUUUCAUGGAGAUGAGUCAUCUCUGGCAGGAGCUCGAUCUGAGCAUCGAUGAAGAGCGGGAGUGCUCCGGCGAUAGCACGCGACACCAAAGGAGGCUAAAAAACGAGAGGGUCUUCGAGUUUCUUGCCGGCCUGAAUCGAGAACUCGAUGAUGUGAGGGGACAAAUCCUUGGCCGGCGACCUCUCCCUUAAACCCGAGAAGUCUUCGCAGAGGUCAGGCGAGAGGAGAACAGGAGACGGGUAAUGUUGCGAUCCCAAAAUGAAUCCGUUGGGCUGGACCCGACUGUACAUGGAUCUGCCCAAAAAUUAGAUGGGCAGCACGCUGGGCCGGACGCCUCAGCUCUUGCAUUAAAAGGCCCAGGAGGACCUAGUCAACGGCCACAAAUAGGAAAACUAUGGUGUGAACAUCGUUGAAAAACAGGUCAUUCAAAAAAUACUUGUUGGGAGAUUCAUGGAAAACCGGCAGACUGGAAACCGAGACAAUACCACAAAAAUCGUGGGUACCAGGCCAACACUGGCAGAUCAACUGAAAGAUCACAAGGAGAGAACAAUGAUACCCCAUCCGGCAGUGUCUUCAGUCCUGAACAGUUGGAUCAGUUAUACAAGAUGUUUUCAUCAAUGCAAACAUCGGGUCAGUCCUCCUCUGGUUCUCUGGCUCAUCGAGGACCUAUCAUCGGGGAGGACGAUUGGCACUACUAAAGCGUAUGAGGGACUCUACUACUUUGAGGAG